AUGGUGGCACGCACAAGUUUUGAGCAGACCACGGCGUCCAUCGAGCCGUGGUACACCGGGAACAUUGCUCCCGGCAUCAGCGACCACUACCUUGUCACUCCACUCGAAGAGGACGUGUGUUUCAUUGACGUUUCCACUCAAAAUGUCGCCUUCCGCAUUGAAGGUGAUGGUGAACCCAUCACCGCUGUGGCCAUCACUCCCGAUGGCCAGUGGGCAGCGAUCGCUUCCCAGUCCCAGCAGCUCCGCAUCGUUAAUGUGGAAGCUCAGCAGGUCACCCAUACCCACCGGUUGGGGCUGCCGGUAUACAUCGCCACUGCCGAUGCCCGGCUGCUGUUAUUUGCCCUUGGUGGUUCUGAUGGUGUGGUAACGGUGUGGGAUAUUGCCGGUGGCUACGUUACCCACUCGUUAAAGGGCCACGGGACCACAGUGUCGCUGGUUCGCUUCAAUAACGGUGACGCUACCCAUUUCUUAUUGGCCCUGGGUGAUAUCAUGGGUACCAUUAAAGUGUGGGACUUGGUCAAGCGUAAAGCGAUCCACACGCUUAACGAACACACCGCCGCUGUUAGAGGUUUAGGGUUCGUUGAGGAUAGCCGGCGGUCUCAGCUGAGCUAUGCGUUAAUCCUGGGUGGCAGAGACGACGUCGUCAUCCUCUAUAACCAGAGCUAUAGAGCAGCCAAGGUGAUCCCGAUGCUGGAGCUGGUGGAGCUGUGUGGUUUUUUUGACUACGACGACGAGCCGUGCUUCUAUACUGGCGGUAACAGUGCCCAGCUUAAAGUGUGGCUGGUACUGAGUCUCGCGGUGCUUGCUCAAACGGCUAAGCCUUUGGAAACCCUGGAAGAGCUCGUGAUCAUUGAUGUGUUUGAAGUUGACGAUGCUCUUGUUACCACUCUUAGUGACCAGACGAUCAUCUACUACGACCGCCGUAGUCUUCUUCCCCAGUUGACCUUAGCGGGUAAUCACGGGAUUAUCGCUGACUGUAAACCCGUGGGCGACAAUCUCGUGCUUGCCACUAACUCGCCGCUGGUGCGGAUUGUCAGAGCUGAUGCUCCACUUCAAGUGGAAUUCUUACAAGGUCACACCGACUUGGUUAACGGGGUUGAUGUCAGUCCUCUGGGCCAGUGGAUGGUUACUGGCGGUAAAGACGGGGUAGCGAUUGUAUGGCAUUUGGGCGAUGAUGGCCACUGGGCGCUCCACCUGAGCUAUAGCGGCCACAGCGGUCUGGUUUCCUCCGUGGCUAUUGCCAGAGUCGACCCGCCUCAGUUUAUCAUUACUGCAGGUGCUGAUUUAACCAUCAAAAAGUGGAAGAUCACUAAGGGAGAGAACCUGACGGCAAUCUACACUAGACGCGCCCACGAUAAGGAAAUUAACGCUGUCGACAUCCUGCCGAAUGACGAGCACUUGGCGACGGCCUCGUAUGAUAAAACCGCCAAGAUUUGGGAUAUAGAUAGCGGUGAAACUCGAGGAGUAUUGCGUGGUCACCGUCGGGGGCUUUGGGACAUUGCUUUUUCGCCUUAUGCUCCUCAAGUGGCUACUGCUUCGGGGGAUAAGACUGCUAAGGUGUGGCUGUUGCAGACGUUUGGUUGCGUGCAAACACUUGAAGGGCACACCAAUAGUGUUCAGAGAGUGGCGUGGCUCAAUCCCGAGCUGCCGCAAGUUGUACUGACUGGUGCUGAUGGUUUAGUGAAGGUGUGGAGUUCUGGUGAAGAAGUGGCGACGCUCGAUGGUCACGAUAAUCGGAUCUGGGCCCUUGCCGUUACGGCUGAUGCGGUGGCGCUGAUCAUCACUGGUGAUGCCGACGGUAAGAUUGUGGUGUGGCACGAUGUCACCGACGAGAUGUUGAAGCAACAGCAGGAAGCUGAGAAACAGAGAGUCGAGGAUAUCCAGCGGUUAGACCGGCUUGUUGCCAGCAACGAGAUGGGGGAAGCGUUCCUUUUAGCACUCACUUUGGGACACAGCAUGAAGCUUUAUCACGUUAUCACUCAAAUGGAAGAUGACGAACAGUUGGCUGCCGUCAUCGAGCUGCUUGACCAGGAUCAGUUGGUGCUGGUGCUCAAGCGGGCGCGAGACUGGAACACCAACUUCCGCCACUUUGAGGCGGCGCAGCGGGUGGUGGCUGUGGUGCUUCGCCGCCCCGUGGCCGAGCUCCACGCGGUGCCGGCGGCGAUGAAGAUCAUCGACGCGUUGGUGCCGUAUAACCAGCGCCACUUGGCCCGGGUCGACGACAUGAUCGAGGCGCUGUACGUGUUGGACUACUGCGUCGAGGAAAUGGCCUAG